GGCUUAUUAUCUGGGGAGGUCUUAUUUUCAGGGAAAGAGGGUAUAUAAUACAUAUUAUUUCACACAUCCAGUUGUGAUAUUCAUUUGUUUUGAUUCAGGGAUGUUUACACGAAAUGGUACCGACAAAGAUGCUGGUGACUUACAAAAAUGUUUUCGGGACAUUGGUUUUGAGGUUCACAUCCAUAAUGAUCUCAGCUGUAAUAAAAUGAGGGAAGUUCUUGGUGAAGUUGCCAAUGAAGAUCACAGUGAAGCUGCUUGUUUUUCCUGCAUCUUAUUAAGCCAUGGAGAUGAAGGCCUUAUCUAUGGCACAGAUGCAUUCAUGGCAAUCAAGGAUUUGACGACACUUUUCAGAGGAGACAGAUGCCAAAGCCUAAUUGGAAAACCCAAAUUGUUCUUUAUUCAGGCAUGUCGCGGUUCUGAAUUUGAUGAUGGGAUUCAGACAGAUUCAGGCUCUUCAAAUGACACCCUGGAAAUGGAUGCCAAUCCAAGAUACAAGAUUCCAGUUGAAGCAGAUUUUUUGUAUGCAUAUUCCACUGUACCAGGUACACUUGGUUACUAUUCCUGGAGGAAUCCAGGGAAAGGAUCCUGGUUUGUGCAGUCUCUUUGCUCAGUGCUGAAUGAGUAUGGCAAACGUCUGGAUAUCCUGCAGAUUCUGACCCUGGUUAAUUACAAAGUAGCAAGAAACUAUGAAUCUCAGUCUGAUGACCCACGCUUCUGCAUGAAGAAGCAGGUUCCUUGUGUGGUAUCCAUGCUAACCAAAGAACUUUAUUUCCGUAAAUCGAUUCCGCCAGCACCGCAAAUUUAAAAUACAUAAUGCAUUAUAACUUCCAAUACAUUUUUAAUCUAAGCUGUUCCAGCAAAAGGCAAUCAUAGAUCUAGAGUUAAAAUUGAUACAGGGAAUUUAAAAUACACAAUACCAGGAUUACCUCAGUCGAUUAAUAUAUUGAUUUUCACACCGCCACAUGUUUCUUUAUUGUUGGAGGUGCCUAUUCCUUGUUUCUAUUUUUACUGGGAGCAAUCACAAAAUUUCUCUGGAGUCUUGCUUUCCCCGUCAUAGAAUUAGCUCAUUUUUCCUCUAUUAAUUAAUUUUUUUUAGGCUUAUCAUUAAUUUAUAAGAAUAAUUGUAUAUAUUUGUCAAAUAUCUCCAGUGACAUCUGCAAAAAAAAAAAGUAUUAGCAAAGUUCAUUUGAUGUUUAGUGAUAAAAUGGUUUGAUAAAUCAUCUAAGGGUGCUUAAACGCUCCUUUUCAUCCCAGUCUACAUAUAGAAUCACUAGGUGGGAUUCAUAUUUACUCUUGUAAAUCAUUAUUUUGCGUACCUCUUGAUUUCCUUAUUAUAAAUUUAAACUCCAUAAUUUCAGUGGGUAAAACAGCUGUUAAUUUAAGUAACUCCCUGUUCUCUUCCUUAUUUUGGCAAACAGUUUUUAUAAAUGUAAGGUACAUAUGAAUUGCUUAUUUUUACCCUGAAUGAAAAAAAUGCUCCUGGUCCUUUUUUGCGAUCAAUGAACAAUAAAUACAAUGUAUAAUCUAUUCUACACCAAAGUAAUUUUGUAUCAAAGACAUUUGGUAGUACAUUUAUGUAGUAUAUAAAUAGAACAAUAUUAUAGGUUGUUGAUUUUUUCAAUGCAUAAGUCUACAAAGCAAGUAAAAGAAUAGAAAAUUA